AUGCCUAUGCAAUACAAAGAAUCAGCAGAAGCUCAAGGAGCUAAACCACCACAAAUUCCAUCACCAGGUAAUAAUUCAUUUUUAGGUGAUAUUUUCACUUCCGAUGCUCCAAAAGAUAAACAAAUUUCUUGUGGGUUUUAUAGACAGGAAAAAGGUGAACCAUUAGUGUAUACCUAUACUUAUGAUGAAAUGAAAAUAAUUUUAGAGGUUGAAGGUGAAUUUACAUUGACAGAUGAGGUUGGAAACAAAGUAAAUGCCAAAGUAGGUGAUGUUUUCUAUUUCCCAAAUGGUACCACUAUAACUUUUGAAUCAACUGGUUAUGCAUUGGCUUUUUUCACUGGGUUAAGACCAAACGGAGCUCUUUAA